GAAGCAGCGCCACUGCCCCCUGGUCCAUUGACCCCUACAGUGGCAAGACCAAGGGCAUUGCCAACUUCAUGGCUGCCCGCGCUGCCAACCCCAACCUCCGCACUGUCCUGACCGUCGGUGGCUGGUCGCUCUCGGGCACCUUCUCGGAUGUUGCUGCCAGCGCCACUGCUACCAAGAACUUUGCCACCCAGGUCGUUGCCUUCCUCGACCAGUUCUGGAUCGAUGGUCUCGAUCUCGACUGGGAGUACCCCGGAGGUGGCGGUCUUCCCUGCAACCACGUCAACGCCAACGACGCUGCCAACUUUGUCAACCUCCUGGCUGCCCUUCGCCAGGCUCUUGGCCCCAACCGCAUCCUCUCGAUUGCUGCCUCGGCCGAGACCGACCGCUACACCGUCAACGGCGUCAACUACCUGACCCAGUAUGCCAAGUACCUCAGCUACAUCUCCGUCAUGACCUACGAUUUCUACGGUUCCUGGGUUCCCUACACCGACUUCAACUCUCCCCUCAACCUCCCUGGUGCCAGCGACCCCCAGCGCCCUGCCGGCAACCUCCAGUUCGGCAACGUCCAGUUCUCGAUUGCCACUGCCAUGAACAACUUUGCCGCCGCCGGUGUUGCCAAGAACCAGCUCGUUGGUGGUGUUGCCUUCUACGGUCGCUCGUGGGGUAUCACUGCUGCUGAGGCUGCUGUUAACGGCGGUCUCUUCCAGGCUUGCAACAAGGCCGGCCAGGACCCCAAGAACGCCACUGCCUGCCCCCCCAUCACUGGUGAUCAGCUCGAUGCUCUCUGGACCGAUCCUUGCGGCAGCUCCUAUGUCUCUGGUGUCUGGAUGUACACCAACCUCCGCUCCCAGGGUGUCCUCUCCACUCCCACCACCGCUGGCUCCGGCUGGACCCGCACCUGGUGGAACUUUGCCCAGAGCCCCACCAUCACCGACGGCAGCCGUUUCAUUGCCUACGAUGACACUACCUCGAUCUCUGCCAAGACUGCUUGGAUCAAGUCCAACGGCUUCAGUGGCACCAUGUUCUGGGAGCUCUCUGAGGACUACAAGGGCGAGCUUCUCUCCAGCCUUACUUCUGCCUGGGGUAACUAA